CAAAAUUCUAAACUUUUUUGUAUUUAUUUCUCAACGAAUCGAUGAAUUGAAGGACAAAUCCAAGCGAUUAGUUGUUAUCAUCUGUUUAUAUAUGAUAUCGUCAUUUGAUCCACACUUUGGACACCAUUUUAUGCACACUUCUGGUCAUGUCUUCAGAUAUGUUUCGUUUCGACAAUAAAGUGUUUGAAAACAUAAAUAUUAAUACAUAUAAUGUAAAAGUGAUGUCCAAUGGUCUCACACAACGGUUCCAUCAGUUGGACACCGAGUCGACGAUUAAAGAACUGUUGUUUGCCAUCAGGAGUAUAGAUCUGACCACUCUUUCUGGCGAUGACACCGACGCAAAUGUUCAGCGCCUUUGCUGUCGAGCUCUUCAGCCGUUGAGAAGCCAUUUGAUGGACUAUUUAAAAGCCAAUCACACGCUAUCACCGGAGGAACCGCUGACAACAGCCGCUGUCUGUGUCUACCCGUCGCGAGCGGCCGACUGUGUGCAGGCGUUUGAGAGAUUGGCCACCAAUUCAUCGGCCAGUAAUGCGGUGUCCAUCGCAUGUGUGGCCACAGGAUUUCCUUCGGGUCAGUACUCUCUGGAGACACGACUCGCGGAGAUUGAGUUCGCCGUCAAGUGUGGCGCCCAUGAGAUCGAUGUAGUGGUCGACCGCUCGCUCGCACUCAAUGGCCUCUGGAAUCAAAUGAGUGACGAAUUGAUUCAAAUGAAAGACUUGUGCGACAGAAGUGGCGCUCAUCUCAAAGUGAUUAUCAGCGCCGGAGAGUUGGGUUCACUCGACAACGUCUACAAAGCGAGUAUGACUGCUAUGCUAUCGGGCGCUCACUUUAUCAAGACAUCGACUGGAAAGGAGACACUGAACGCAACGCUUCCAAUAGGUGUGGUUAUGACCCGCGCUAUCGGCGACUAUUAUCGCAUGACUGGCCGUCGGGUGGGCUUCAAAGUGGCCGGUGGUCUGAAGACGGGUCAGGACGCCAUCGAUUGGAUCGGUUUAGUGAAGAGUCAAUUGGGAGACCAAUGGCUGAACAGAGAUCUGUUCCGAAUCGGCGCCUCUUCUCUACUCAAUGACAUCGAAAACUGUUUGUUUCGUUUGGUUUAUAAGAGGGAACCAAAACAUUACGAGUUAUCUCUUUAACUGUUAAUCUCUUUAUUGGAUCUUUAAUUACAAUAUUAUUAAAUUUAUAAU